GCCGAGAGCGAAUUGCCAAAAACGGCUAGCACCAGCGUCCAAACGCACCCUGAACGCACAGGCGCCCGGAGCGCACUCGUGCGUCAUUGAUCUCGCGCGCGCGGCAAUCAACGCGCAGCGAAACGACCGCCCGCGCCCCUCCGCAGCUCAAAUACAAGCAGCUGCCGCAGCGCUGCCAGAGCGCCCGCCCGCCGCGCGCGCACACUACCACCCUACUAGCUGCAUGGGCGCCGACGCCGCGACCGUCACGCCGCCGCGCGAGAGCAUGGGCGGCGCGAAAGAUGAGGACCUCGCCGACGGCUUUUCGUUGGGCGAAGUGUUCGGUGGUAGCAAGGCCCAUUCGGGCUACACCUAUGACGACAUCAUCGUAUUACCAGGAGAGAUCGACUUUGGCGUGGAAAGCGUCACUCUAGAAAGCAAAGUGACGCGAAAGAUUUCCCUCCGAACGCCCUUCGUCUCGAGCCCGAUGGACACGGUGACCGAGGCGACCAUGGCCAUCGGCAUGGCCCAGCACGGCGGUCUCGGGAUCAUCCACUACAACAUGCCCAUCGAGGACCAGGUGGCCGAAGUGCGAAAGGUGAAGACCUAUAAAAACGGAUUCAUUAGUGAUCCCGUCGUCCUGGCGCCCCACAACACUUUAUCGGAUUUAGACGCGGUCAAGGAGAAGUACGGCCACUACGGUAUUCCGGUCACGAUCGAUGGAAGGUUGCACUCGAAGCUCGUCGGCAUCGUCACGAAGCGGGACGUCGACUUCCAGGAAGACCGAUCGGUGCUAGUCGAUAGCGUGAUGACCAAGGACGUCGUCACGAUCCAGGAGCCCGUGACGCUGGCCCAGGCCAAUGCGAGACUCGCGGACUGCAAGAAGGGGAAGCUGCCGGUGGUCAAUGCCGAUGGUGAAUUAGUGUCACUGAUCUCGCGUACGGAUCUGCGGAAGGCCAGAGAUUAUCCUCUCUCGACCGUAGCUGCUUCAGGAAGCUUGUUAUGUGGUGCCGCCGUCGGCACGCGACCGAACGACCGCAUCCGACUCGCGGCCCUCGUCGAGGCGGGAGUUGAUGUCGUAGUACUGGACUCGUCGCAAGGCGACUCGUGCUUCCAGAAGGACAUGGUCCGGUGGAUCAAGUCGACGUAUCCCUUGCUCCAGGUCAUCGGGGGCAACGUCGUCACGCGUCAACAGGCGAAGCAUUUGAUCGACGCCGGCGUCGACGGUUUGAGGGUGGGCAUGGGUGUAGGCUCCAUCUGCACGACCCAAGUGGUGUGUGCGUGUGGCCGGCCGCAAGCCUCAGCUGUGUACGCGGUGGCGUCGUAUGCGAACUCUCGUGGUGUUCCUGUGAUUGCCGAUGGAGGUGUGGGCAACACGGGCCACAUCAUCAAAGCGCUCAUGUUGGGCGCGUCCUGCGUCAUGAUGGGCAGCAUGCUCGCGGGCACGGACGAGGCGCCCGGCGAGUACUUCUUCCAGGACGGGGUCCGCCUCAAGCGCUACAGAGGGAUGGGCUCGUUGGAAGCGAUGUCGCAGGGCAGCGACAAGCGCUACUUCGCGUCCCAGGCGAAGGUGAAGGUCGCCCAGGGCGUCUCGGGCACGGUCCCGGACAAAGGACCGUUGGCUACCUACAUCCCCUACCUGCGCCAGGGCAUCGCGCACGGCUUCCAGGACAUGGGCGUCCGCGAUCUCGAUGAAAUGACUUCUAGAGCCGCUUCGGGUGCUAUUCGGGUCGAAUUACGUUCCCCUGCGGCCCAGAAGGAGGGCGGCGUCCACGGGCUCCACAACUACGUGCUCCGCACGCACGCCCAGGCCUAGAACUACCCCCCCCUUUAACACACUAUCCUGUCUUCA